AUGGUGCAGAAUGCACUCCUCCCGAAGCCCCUCCCCGCCGACGCCCUCGUAGUCGGCCAACUGGUUACAGAGCCCCUACACCCCGAACGCGACUCCUUCUACCCCGAUAAAGCGCACGCAGAGGUCGACGAUCUGAACGACUUCCACAUCCAGCUCCGCUACAAAGACCUCUACUCAGUCGACACCGAAGGCCGCUUCACGACCAACUAUGGCGCGAGGUUCGAUCUCGGAAAGAUAUACAGACAGCCCAACCUGCUCACUGUCAAGGCUGAGCAGAUGAUACAACGGACAACGCAGUCAUCGUCGAGAGCUUUCCAAGCCGUCUGCAACGACCCCGAGGCACGCAUCUGGAUGGCCGAACAGAUCAAAGCGGGCAAGCCACUCUACAUCGUCCUCGGCCUGACCGAGCUCAAGAACGCAACCUUCAAGCGCGCCAAAUUGCGCGACGCAGGCGCCUCGAACCGCAUCAACGAGACGCCCAUCGAGAAGGACGCCAAGGUCCCCGGACCCCUCCGUGGCAGAGCGGAAGCCAGCUUGGGCGGAAUCGGCACCGAGCCAUCUAUAUCUGGUGUGUUUGGCAUGGACGUACGCCGCGUUGCUGCGCGGCUCACGACGCCUGCAGAGCCACAUCGGCUGGAAGAUAUUGACUACAGGUGGCACUACUACGACGUGCCCGGCUCGGUGGACAAGGAACAGUUGAUGGUGGGGCUGGGAGCGCCGUUGAAGGCGAAUGAACUUCGUCUGAUGCUUGACCUCACAGACGACGACGUUCAGGGCAAUCUUGACGCUAUCAGCAAGCUCAGUCUGGACGCUCUGAGCGCUACGGCGAGCCCCAUGCUUAAGCCUAGUACGCCGAUGCUGAGAGGGCGCUCGCCUUCUCCUCAUCCUACUAUGCUACGCUCUUAG